UAUUUUCAGCACGUUUUCUGAUUUUCUCUCUACUUCAAUAAUGUUGAGGAAGACAUCUAAAGUUCCUUCUAACAGUGUUGAACUCGAAAGAGUUCAUACAUCUACUGGAAAAUUUAACAAGGAAGCAAUUAAACCGUUAGGAAGUAGCAAUAAGGAUGAAGAUCCAGAGGAAAAACUCAUCGAGAAUGCUGUAUUUGGUGGUGAAGAAAACCUGCUUCAAAACUUGGAAGAACUACAGUCCAAGGACAAAGAAAUAAAGAGGAAGAAAGCUACUUCUGAUAACAGAAAACCAGUUUGGGAAGAUGAUGAUGAUAAGACUGGAAGCAUUAACAUUAAAAGAAUGAAGAAAUCAAGAAAUAAAGAACCAGAAAAAGAAGGAGACGUACCUACAGAGCAGUAUACCAAACAUCUACAAACUCAACACCACAAAGUACAUUCUAUACCAAACUGGGCGCGGUUACCAUCAGAACAUACAGACCAAUCAGAUGAGGAUCCUGAUGUUCAAGAUUUGUUACAGUCGACUGGUGAUUAUAUAACACCUUCUAAGUCAUUAUCUAAAGGUAUCAUACAGAUUAAACAGUGUACUGAUGGAAACAGAGAUAAUCCUGUACAGUGUAAACUAAAUUCUGCAGAGUUUCAUCCAACCUCACAAGUGAUGCUGGUAGCUGGUAUGAAUCAGACUCUUAAUCUGUUUCAGGUUGAUGGUAAAAAUAACCCAAAGAUACAGAGUAUAUUCUUAGAAAAUUAUCCAAUAUACUCAGCUCAUUUCAGUGCCAAUGGAGAAGAGGUUAUUAUGGGGUCAAAACAUAAAGGUUUUCAUUAUUAUGACAUGAUGGUUGGGAAAAUGAUAAGUGUACCUCCUAUUAAAGGAUUAGAAGAAGUAAAUAUGAAGAGAUUUGUUGUGUCACCUGAUGGAAGAUUUUUAGCUUUCUUAGGAUCAUAUGGAAAUAUUCACUUAUUGUCAGCUAAGUCAAAAGAAUGGAUCUAUACACAGAAGAUGAAUGGUAGUGUAGGUGGUAUAUGUUUUUCACAAGAUGGAAGUACAAUGUAUUCAUAUGGAGAUGAUGGUGAUGUAUAUAUAUGGGAUAUGAAGACACGUGAUUGUAUUCACAGAUUUAUAGACGAUGGAUGUACAAAAGGCAUGUCUAUUGCCGUUUCUCAUGAUCAUAAUUUUUUAGCAUGUGGAUCAUAUAGUGGUGUGGUGAACAUUUACGAACCAUCAGUGUGUCUUAAAUCUAGAUCACCUAAACCAUUGAAAGCAUUGUUGAAUUUAACCACACCUUGUACGAACUUAAUAUUUAAUUCAACAUCAGAAAUAUUAGCUAUGUGUUCAGAUUCUGCAGAAAGAGCUGUAAAAUUAGUACAUGUACCUUCACAGACAGUGUUCUCUAAUUUUCCUGAUAGACUAGAUGCUAAAUUACGCAUCCCUUUGUGUAUGGACUUCUCCAGAAAUAGUGGUUAUUUUUCAGUGGGCACAAACAAGGGUUUAGCCCUACUUUACAGAGUGAAGCACUACAGCAAUUACUAGUACAUGUAGUAAUAUCUAUAAAAGAACAAUUGCCAUGCAGGUCAUCUAAAAGAAGAUGAAGAUCGGUGAACAUCCAAUAAGGCCAGAUCCAACAUACACUGUACUGUGUAAGCCUGUUUAAGGCUUUAAUGUUAUUUGACAUGUUUGAUACUAUGGAGAACAGAUAUCCAUUUUUAUUACCAUAAAGAAGUGAACUUUGGAAAUUGUAUAUUUAUAGACAUUCAUGAACAUUUUAGCAAUGAACAUGAAACUAUAAGCAAUGUUAUAUUUAUAAUACGUGUAUUAUCAGUGACUUUUUAAAACUUAUUAUUCAUGUAGUGUUUCAAGAAAAUGAAUAAUUGUUAGUUAGUGAUGCAAAUUGUUUUAGUUAUUUGAUACUUUCCAGCACUUGGACACUAAGUAGUAUAAGUAUUAAAUAGUUUAUAUUGUAUAAUUACACUUUUAUUGACAUUUAAAAUUUUAAAAUCAAUUGAAGUCACAACAAGUACAAGUUGUCUGUGUAUCUGUCACAAUAUUUUACUAAAUUAAAUCUAAGUAAAAUGAUGUAAAAAUAAGUUGAUGUGGUAUUUUACAACUAUCCAACUGACUUGUAUCCAAGUCGAUAAAUCCUUUACAUUGUAUCUUUUGAAUACUAACAGGAUUCCAAAGAUACUUUAUAUCAUUAUUGAAACUAUUACAUAGUAUGGCAUGGUUAUAAUAAAAUGUCCACCUUAAAGUUCAAGGUUUCACAGAUGUUGUUUAUACACUGAUGGUUCUGGUUGAUAGUGGGCGGUACUUGAUAGUUGUAUACCAGCAUCCUUCAUGUCUCUGCUGCAACUAGAGUUAUGAAGACAAGACUUACCAUUUCUUAGAUUCUGUAAAAGCCUUAACAUUUAGAUCCAGUACAUUGUAGAUAGUCAAGUUUGUUUUAAAACAUCAAUAUCUUUGCCAAACCUGCAUAUUUUUUUAAUCUUAAACUUAAGAUUCAUCAUUAUUUAGAUACAUCACCAAUGUCAAAUUUUUAAGUAUAGUUUUUUUUUUCACAGCUAAUAGACUUAAGGUGUCAGACCACCAAUUCACCCACUACAAUUAAGAACGUAUGUAAAAGCAGCCUUUCCCGGACAAAAAAUAGUGGUUUUUUAGUGUCAUUAUUUACUUAAACUAACCAAAAAAAUUGCAGAAAUGAAACUUUUGUUGAAAGAGAAAUAUAUGUAAACCAUUUUGAGCCAAAAUUUACUUGUCUAUGAGUUUGCAUUAAAAAUUGAGGAUUAAUGCCUCCAUAGUAUACUUAUUUAAGAUUUCCAGAAAACCAUGGGUUAUUUUUAGCAGUACUUGACUUCUGAACGUGAGCAUUUCCUUACAAGACUUAAACAUAGGUUGACAAUUGGCAUAUAGAAAGAUGAUACAUGUGCAAUUCAGGAUAUAUACCUGGUAUCUAUGAAGUUAAACUUAAGGUAAAAUAUUUAGAAAGCUGUGAAAUUAGCAAAAUUUGGUUGAUUAGAUAGGGAUUUUGAAUUUUGUGGUCUUAAC